AUGCGCGCGCAUGGCGUUUAACACACGUCAAAAUCAUCUGUUUUCCCUUCAAUUAACCAUCACAAAAAAAUCAAUUAAAUCGAAGGUUUCUCGUCUCCGACACUAAUAUCUCACGAUGGAAAGCAACAAAGACGAAGCUGAAAAGUGCAUCAAACUAGCCGAAACAUACAUCAAAGAACGUAACCGCGAAAAAGCCGAGAAAUUUCUUCACAAAGCUGAACGUCUCUAUCCUUCACAAAAAGCCCAAGAUUUACUCAUCCAAAUCAAACUCAUGGCCGAAACCAAAGCUGAGACCGAACAACCGAGAAAGCGCAACGUUGCUCCCAGAACAGAGGAGGUCAAAAAGGCCCCCGAGUACACGCAAGAGCAGCUCGAAGCCGUCAAGAAAAUCAACAAAUGCAAGGACUUUUACGAGAUUUUGGGGGUUAGCAAAGACGCGACCGAUUCGGAAAUCAAGAAGGCGUACAAAAAACUAGCCUUGCAGUUCCAUCCUGACAAGAACAAGUGUCCUGGGGCCGCAGAAGCCUUCAAAAAAAUUGGCAACGCUGUGGCGAUUUUAACCGAUGUUGAAAAACGCAAACAAUACGACCAGUUUGGCCCUGAAGAUGAACGUCUUUCGACGAGAACUCACUACAGUAACACAUUUAGGGAAUUUGAUGCCGACGCAACUGAUGAAAUUUUCAAUAUGUUCUUUGGUGGUGGUUUUAACGGGGCUAAUGUCUACGUAAGAAGAGGGGGAAGGUGGCAAAGACAGAAUGCUGGAUCUCAGGAAACCCAUCACAAUCAUCAUCACAGAGAACAAAAUAACUACUCGGCAUUUGUGCAGCUUUUGCCAAUCAUUUUGGCAAUUGUAUUGUCCAUGGCGUCUAGUUUCUUCGUUUCUGAUCCGCCAUACAGUCUACAAGCGCAUGCGAAAUACCCAAUCGCACGACAAACAGCAAAUUUAAAAAUCCCAUACUAUGUUAAAGAAAAUUUCGCAACGGAGUUUCAAGGGUCAGUUCGAAGGCUUGAAAUGUCAGUGGAGGAGGAGUAUGUCUCGAAUUUAAGACACGCUUGUUACAGAGAGAAAAAUUAUCGUGAUUCGAUGAUUUGGAAGGCUAGGAAUUUUGGAGACAAGGAACUGUUUCAGGCCGCUCAAAAUAUAAAAACGCCAGCGUGUGAAAAACUUCAAACGUUGCGUUAAAAAAAUAUUUAUUAAUGGAACGAUCUUGUUAUAGUUGGAGUUUUGUUGUUUUAUUAUCAACUUGUAUUAUUUUUGUUAUUAUCUAAUAUUUAUUGCAAUAAGGACCUCACGAUCAUUGUGAUCUAUUCCCGGUUAGCAACAAAUAAACACGAUUUUAUGCUA